AUGAUGCAGUGCCGAAUGCUCAACCAAGUCCCCCGAGAGCUGAAUCAGUGGAAGAAUAACCUGUCUUACGAGAUUGGGGGGCUAUUCCAAUAUGUGGGUCAUUUACCAAGCCUUGUCGACAUAAUACCCAACGUUUCUGCUAUCCAAGCAUUGAUUAAUUAUUGGGAUCCUGACGCCUCGGUUUUUCGGUUUGGAAUGUGCGAGCUCACCCCAACCCUAGAAGAGUUAGAGGGAUUAUUGCAAGUGCCGGGAAAGGGCAGUCCUAUGAUAUACCCGAGCGGGGGAACCAGAAAGCAGUUUUGCCGAUUUUUAGGAUUAAGGAACAAUAGCUUAGAUCAACACCCCGAUGCUAGAUCUUGUCCACUGAGGUUUCUAUAUGACCGAUUUGGGGAAAAGGAGUCCUUUGAACGCCAUCAGAUUGAUUUCUUUAUAACAAAGGGGCAAUGGGAAGAGAAACGUGUACAAGCUUUUGGGUUGGUUUUGAUCAACUUAUUGCUAUUCCCUCAAAGGCAUGGAAAGGUGACAUUUGCAACCAUUAAUAUGAUUCAAAAUCUUUUCUUAGGAAUUCAAGAAGCAACACCAACUUUGAUACCCGUUGUCAUAGCAGAUAUCUUCUCAGCCCUUACCAAUUGCCAAAGGAAAGGGGGUUUCUUCUACGCUUCAAACUUGGUACUUCAAAUGUGGAUCAUGGAACAUUUGGCGAAGAGAUCACUUAAUCCUAUGGGUUCUUGUCUCCCAGUUGAGAAUUGGAUUGGUUCACAUCGAGAGAGAGUCGGUCGCUACUAUCGCGUGAUGUCGUCAAGCCAGUUUAUCGAGGAGUUCAACAAUUUGACACCAGAAAAAGUGCAGUGGGUUUUAGAUUGGACCAAGGUCAGGGACCCAACUUUUAGGACCACCCAACAUGACUUCAUUCCUCUAGCCGGAGUUAAUGGUCUAGUCGCCUAUAUUCCGCAAAGGGUUAUGAGACAGUUUGGCUACCCGCAAAGCAUUCCCAUGGUACAAGGAGUUGAAGUUCUCAGAUUGGGUACAGUGACAGAGAGUCGAAGUAUGGUAUUAGAGGCUUGGGGAAAUUUGCGAGGACUUGAGAAUUUGCAGUUGGAAUUGGUAAACAAGAUGGCGCCUGCAGUAAUGCCUGGGUACAAUGAAUGGAUCAAGCAAAGGGUCGAACAUGAUAGUGCAAGGCAACAAUCAGCACCAGCCAGUCCUGAAGAGCAAAUGGAAAAGCUAAGGGAGGAAUUAGAGGAAUCUCAAGCUCAGCUUAUAAUGGCCAACAGAGUUCUAGAAGAUACCCAAGUGCAGCUGAGGAGGGAGAAGAAGAAAAAUGAGAAGCUAGAGGAAACCAUAGAUGCAUUUGAUAGGAUUAGGGAAGGAGCACGUAAGCUCAGUUUAGGGAGCUCUAGGGAAUCACAAAGUACAAGUCUCUGGAGACAUAGAGAUUUUGUAAACAUGGUUACUAAGACCAUUGACGAGAUUGUAAAGAAAGAUUGA